CAACUUGUUAAGGACCUGUAGCAUUGUAGAGUCGUUCUGCAGCUGUUUUUUCCUUUCUCAAAGUUGUAGGUCUUCUCUGCUGUUCAGCUUUUCUGGUCCGGUCCGCGCAUAUUCCAGAGAAGUCAAUGGACGCAAGGAGUUUGGUCGACAAAAUAUUAGGCAACAUCCCUGUGGUUCACGAGUCUAGUCUCAAAAUCAUGGGCCUGACCCUUGACCCGUCCAGCCAGUCUAGGAACAUGCCGUACCAGUCCAUGGUGACCUCCCUGGGCAUCCCCGCAGCACCAGAACUAAGGACUGUCUGCAGACCCCUAAACCAAAUCGAUUUCACCCUGGAGGUGUGUCUGAGCAGUAUGUCUGCAGGGCUGCAGCUGUAUCAGGAUGUGCUGGGUGAGCUGAAGGAACGUGGGACCACUGACAAGGUGACAGGACUCCUGGCUGAUAUCAGAGACCUGCUGGCCCAGGUCAACAAGAUGCAGGAGCCUGGCCAGAUGAGCAGUGUGGCCCAGUACGAGGCCUCGGGACUGGCCUCACGCCUCCCAGGGGACUACGAGGUUCAGGUUGCAACUCACUUUACCCUGCUGCAGCUCCGUGACUUCACACAGAACCUAAAACGCAGCCUGCGCAACGUCGAACACCUGACUUCCAGGCCAGGACAGAGGGGCUGAACUGUACUCUACAGCAGCAGCAAAACCUGUGCAGACAUGGAUGGGGGACCGGAGGGGGGUCGUCCGUGCCAGAAGCCUAUUGGACAUCUAAGGCAACUGCGUAGUGAUGUAGUCACUACUGUUCCCCAUCAAUUGGGAUAAUAGCAACUGGUCAAGGACUGAGUGCCUGUUUUUCUUCAUCUCUUUCUCCCCAUGGGGGUUUUGUUCUUAGCUCGUUCUGCCACUCAUCACCACCUCUGAUUGCUUUCUCAGACUUUCAUUGAGAUAAAGCAACACCGAUAGUUGCCAUAUAGUGGCAAGUCCCCGACAGUCUUUGAGAUACUUAUUUAUACUUAAAAAAUAUAUAUAUUUAUGAAGUACUGCGAUAUCAUUUGUUUGUGUAUUUGAAUUCAUUUGUUGUGUAUGCAGGUAUUUAUUUAUAAUGUAUUUAUGUAUUUAUACUGUAUGUGUUGGUUUACUGAUUGAUACUGUCAUUCCUAGACUAAUUUCCUGGUGGGUGUCAAGAGAUUUGUACUGUAUGUGGUUUGGCAGAGAGGUCAUAUUUUAUAUACCAGGAGCUCCGAUCUCCUUCUCUUUGUUUUAUUUAUUAUUAUAUAUAUUUUUACAGGACAAUAGGAAGUUGGAAGACAUGUAUAGAACAAACAGUGAGGAUGGGCUUUAGACGAACGGCCGAGUUGAGACUUGAUCCCGUCGCCUUGGAGGCAUGUGUGGUCUGGGAAUCGAGUGUGUUACUGCUCGAACCAGACUCCGGCAUGAGAGGGUUAUUGGUCAAUACAGUCACCCCGAGAGUCAUUUCCUGGUAGGUGUGUCAUUCCCUGUUUAAGAAGUUCCUAUUCUAGUUUUUAUUAACACAAGUCAAGUGUGAAUUGAUGUUAACUGACUGUGUGUGUGUGUGUUUUAGUCAGCACUUAUAGUGUCGUAAACAUCACACUUGGUGAAAGCCUGGAAAGUUAUCUAUUUAUUUCGUCUAACCCUGGUGAACUAUACUCUUCACACUGAAGGAUGUAAGACAUUGAACAUGUUCUAAUGUGUGUAGUUUAAGAAGGUUGAAUGAUACUUGUGACAACGUAUCGUAACUGUAUUUAGAUUUUGGACUGUAUUUAGGUCUAGUGUGUAUCAAGCGUGUCCUUGUUUUAAAAUGGUGAUGUCAUCUUAUUAACAGAAAUGGUUUUGUUAGUAAACCCUAUGGGAAAAUUACUUUCUAGAAUUGUACUAUACUUGAUCAGUUACUUGCGUUAAUCGGUUGAUUCCAUAUAUUUUGCACUAAAGUGUUUUUUUUCUCCAACAGUAAUAAACCUUUAAUG